UGUUGGUGCGGAACUUCAGAUGCAGAAGCUAUAGCUAUGGGUUGCAAAUAUGAUCACUUGGCAGUUGAUUGGCUUCCUCCUCAUUGCAUAGAUGAGGAGCUGACAGCUGAGUUUGACCGUGCAGGUCCAGGUCCUCUUGGUGCCUGGGAUUAUUAUGCAGAUCGUAAUGGUACAGUGCGACUGAGCGACACGAUCAUCGACCAGUACGCUAUGGCAGCCACAAAUUAUUAUACCACUGUUGAAUGGCACAUGGCUCACUGCAUAUACGUAUGGCGGAAACAGUUCAGAACAAAGUUUACUGGGAAGAUUGUAGAGCCAUGGAAUGAUAAGGAGGAACAUAUCAUGCACUGUGGAGGUUAUUUCACGCGCAAAAGCAAUUUA